GCAACGAUACUCAGUUCGGUUCAGAAGGUGUUCGCUGUUGGACGUGUGCGCUUGAUCGGGGAAAAUAACGCUUGGCAGUAGUAACUUAUUGAUCUCAACGGUGCUUUGUUGUUUUUUCUCUUGGCUGUCACGUAUACGUACAGUCGGUUCUUCAGAGUCUGUUUAAUAAUCACGAAACUGCCAUGGCGAAUGUGUAAUAAAAAACCCCAUAGUGAAGUAAUUAAUUAAAAGGAAAAGUAAACCAAAUUUAACGACAACGAAAAGUGAUACGAAAACGAUGCACAAAUGAAGCUGCAACGAUAUAAAACCAACUGCCAGCGAAAAACUAAAGACCCCAGGGAUCCAAAAUGGGCCAACAUAUGUUUAUGGGCGGUCGUAACGCUGAUUUUUUCGACCCACUUGGCAAGGGGCCAGGAAAUUCGACAAACAGAGGACUCCAAAGAGGUGGAAUUGCUGCAGGAUAAUGACAUAGAGUUCGCCAGUCUCGAUGGCGCCACCCAACUUUUGCCAGCAACCCGACAUUCCGGCGCAGACGUCACCGCGGCGCCACCGAGUUCCACCCCCCCGAUGACGUCAUCGACCUCGUACACCGAACUGCAAGGCGGGGAAAUCCUCAGCGACCGAAUCCUUCGGCGCAGCGAGAGUCCUUACUUGGCACGCGAGGAUGUGGAGGUGUUGCGAGGAGCCCGUUUGACCAUCGAACCGGGUGUUACCAUCGAAUUUGCCCCAACCAAAGGACUCAAAAUCAACGGCGUCCUGCAGGCGGUGGGCACACCAACCUCUAGAAUAGUUCUGAAAUCGCAGAGUAAUACGGACAACUAUAAGUUGGAACUGCCCGAUGACCAGGAGAAGGGCAUUCGACUAGUGGAUGGACCCACUCCGGUCGAGGGAAGACUGCAGCUCUUCCACAAGGGAGCCUGGCGAUCCGUAUGCUCCAAUUCCAGAAAUUGGACAUUGGCGGAUUAUGGAGUGGCCUGUAAGCAGUUGGGUUUCAGGGGCGGUCGCUUCUGGAAUUGGGUGGAACGAACGGCGGGAUAUUAUCCCCGACUUCUAUACGAACAGCCCAAGUGCCGGGGUGGCGAAAGUAAUCUACAGAACUGCGCCUGGACCUCCCGACAAAUGGGCGCCGGGGCCUGCGAUUAUCACAAUGAUCUGGGCAUCCAAUGUCUGCCCGUUCACUCCGAAACUUUGGGCCAUUGGCGUGGCAUAUAUUUCGAUAAUGCCCCAUCCACAAAAGCGCUGGGCAGAGAUAAUAUCGUCUAUGCCGCUCAGUCAGAGUCUCGUUUGAAAUAUGUGGAUAUCAUAAGGGCAGGAAAUGGCGCUGGUUUCAGUGCCAAGUCGGCGGUGGAAGUCCAAGGAUUACCUCCCCAGAUGGAACACGUGGUGAUUAGUCACUCAGCGUACACAGGAUUUAAUAGCACACGACCCGUGGCGGGAUUUCAGUUACAAAACGUGACGGUUAGAAAAUGCAAUGGGAUUGGAGUAUUCGUCAACUCGAGUCAGGGAUCCGUGCAGCUGGACGGCUGUUCCAUAGUGGAUAAUGCCGGAGAUGGAGUGAAAUAUGUGGGUCACGAUUUGAGAGGAACAGAGCGAAAAGAUCGUGCCAGCAUAUAUGAUUUUUGCACUCUACCCACGACCUCGGGGCAAACUUAUCCUAUCUCCCUCUCGUUUACCCAGAAAUAUUAUGCAGGAUCGGGAAAAGAGUGUGGCAAGUAUUUCUUCACAAGACCUGGAUAUCUUCUAACCCUCCAUUUCGAAAACUUUGUGCUAAUGCAAAAUGAAACGGCCACCGUGGAGAUUUACGAUGGAGCUUCGACCAAUGAUCGUUUGCUGUUUGAAUGGAAGGCCCGGAACUUUACGAGGCCCCAAAGUGUCUCCUCGACGAGGGAGAAAAUGUUUGUGAGGAUUCGAGCGGAUGCCCGACAGGAGUUGAAUGGUUUCUUCCGCAUGACAUCCGGCGAUUCGGUGGCCUACGAUCUCAGGGUUUCCCAGUCGACUGUGGAGGACAACGGAGGUCGUGGCGUUGCCAUCGAUAAUAUCAGAUCCAAACUCCAUGUGCACGGUAGUUCCGUCUCGGGAAAUGGUCAUGUGGCUGGAGUUCAUGUGACCAGUGGAGCCGGGGAUGUCAAUAUAACCAGUUCUAAUAUAAGUUUCAACAAUGGAGCUGGUGUAAAUAUCACCUAUUAUGGUGGUAAUCGUAACAUCUCCAGAUCGGCUUUAACUGCGAAUAAAGGUUAUGGCGUGGCCACCUGGCUAAAUCAAACCUCCGAUGUUAGUCGAAUGGAAUAUAUCCCCUUCAAUCAAACUAGCGUUGUGGAAUACUCACAGAUUGGUGGAAAUCUGGAGACUGGUGUUUUUCACGGCAACUUCUGUCGCCCCAUUUGGGUGAAUAUCACGGGAAAUAGCUUCAAUGGCAGUCAACAGAAUGAUAUUUUCAUUGAAUCCUGUUACCAGGCCACCGAAAAUGGACGACCCAAUAUGCAACUGCAGCUAGGACAUAAUCAGUUUAAAUACUCCCAGGCAAACUCGAUAAAUCUAAGUCCCGCCUUGAAUCUCCAGGGCAGAAUUGAGUACAACAUGUUUCGUUAUGGAUCCUAUGGCUGUUUGUUCGUAAAUAACGACUAUAUAUAUCCGGAGUUUAAUUACUUUCCCGUCAAGCUGAUCAUACAGAGCAACUACUUUAUGCGAAACAGUGGUGUACAUGUGGUUUCCCUGGGACUAUCGCCCUAUAGUAGAGCCGAAGUACAGUAUAUACUCUUUACUAGGAACUUUGUGAGGGGAAAUAAUAUCACAGAAGCCUUUGGUCCUUUAAUAGCAGGAUCUGAGGGAAGCGAUGGUGCCGGUCGCUUAAAUCCCCGAUCUCGAGUGGCAGCCCCCGUUGUCGUGGGUUCGAGUAAUAUAGAUAUAUUCCGGAAUAUCCUCCACAACCUGGAUUCCAUGUACGAGAUUGGCUCUCAACUGACCGAUCAAAGCAAGAUUAUCAACGCCACCUGCAAUUGGUUGGGUCACACGGAUGAGAAUAAGAUCUACGCUCGACUCUUCCAUCGCAACGAUCGCUAUAAUCUGGCCAAGAUCACCUAUAUACCUUACCUGCUGCACAGCUCGAAUCCUGGUUCCACAGCCAUGAUUACGGUUUCCACGGUGGUGCCGCGAUUCUUCCACGAGGGAAGCGACAUCAUUGGUGGCGAGGUCGAUGGUCAGGAUAUGGUUCCUGCUGGCACCUAUACGGUUACCAAGGAUAUCAACAUAAGACCGGGUGGCAAGCUCAUCCUUCAACCCGGCACCACUCUCAAAUUCGAACCCAGCGUGGGAAUGAUGGUGGCUGGAAAGUUGGAGGCCCGAGGACGUCGCCCCGAUGAUAUACUUUUUACCCUCAAAAGAGAAACGAUUAUGAGCGAUCACAACGAGACGGAGACCGUCGAUUUGGAUAGCGAAACGGAGGCCAUUGAUAUGGAAACGGAAGUGAUACCCUCGGAUGGAGUGCCCCGAGUUCCGGUUCGAUUGGUUGGAGGAGCUGGUGCCAACGAAGGAAGACUUCAGGUGUAUCUCAAGGGAAGAUGGGGUACCGUUUGCGACUACGGUUGGAAUGUCCUGAAUGCCGCCUUGGUUUGCCACCAAUUGGGUUACUCCCUGAAUCCCCAAGAUUGGCGUUUACUUCGUUCGCAGCUACCAAAUGCUGGUACCUCUGAGGAUAUUCUGAUCGCCAAUGUCAGGUGUACCCUACAAGAUCGUGACGUUACCAAGUGUAGAGCCGAGUACGAGUUUGAAAACACCUGUAGCCAUGAGAACGAUGUGGGUCUGAGGUGUUAUGAGGGCGCCUGGGCUGGGGUAAGAUUCAGUAUGCUAGCCGAAAGAGCUGAUCUACAAUAUGUUACGGUGGAAAAGGCCGGUCUCUUCGACUACACCACCAAUGCCUUUAAGCCAGCAGUUCAAAUGGAUCAUGCCCGUCACAAUUUGGAAAAUGUAAGGGUGGUGAACAAUCUACAAGACGGUUUGGGAAUCGUAUAUUCCGAUAUCUAUGCUGGAAAGUCGGUGAAUAACAUCAAAAACUCAGAGUUCUCAGGCAAUCGAGGAAGCGGCAUUAGCCUCAAGCAACUGGACUUUAGGAUCUCGGGAUCGAUUAUCAAAGACAACAAAGGCAGCGGCAUUUCGCAUGAUGCCGUGAUAUCUGCCUUGGAUCAAAAGGAAAUCGGCGGGUGGUUUAACAUGGCCACGGACUUUAAUUCCUUUGAUACGGACUACGAUCCCUAUAUUUUGCCCCACGAAUUAAGCAACAUUGAUUUGGGAACCUUUGAGCACAAGUACAUUAGAACCGAAGAGAUCCUGGGACAGAAUAUCAAUAGGAAGAUAGUGGUUCAGUGUCCAGCUGGCUAUGUCAUAGGUAUCCAGCUCUUGAAUCCCAUUCACAACCUGUCCACGGAGAGCUUAAAUAUCCUGAAUGCCAGAACAGAGAAUAUAAGGAGUGAUUUGUGGCAUGUAAAGAGGGACUUGAACGUAUUCCCCGUCACCAGCAGCAGUUAUGGCAUUAUCAUUUACUACGAAAGUGGUUUGCAGGCUUUGGGAGGAGCUGUCCUAAUGCUAAGUACAGUCACCGCUCCAGUUCAAAACAUCAGGAAUCGCAUUGUAAGCGGUGCGGUGCCAACUUUAACCAUCCGAUCAACGAAGAUACAAAAGAAUCUGAGAGGAAUCACGGGUACUUACUACAAUCGCUAUAUAGGCGAUAAUGGGGAGUAUUAUCUAAGGAAAGCCAAUGAAUCGAUCAAGCUUAUAAAUUCCGAACUGAGCUUCAACGAACGAGAGGCUGUACUUAUAAGGUCACCUUUUUGGGAUGUGAUCUCCAGUAAUUUGUCAGAGAUUACUUUGCAUGUGAAUGGUUCGUCGAUCACCCAAAAUGGUCAUGGAAUACGCCAAAUGUCAAAGGAUCUGCGGUCUUCCAAUAAUCUUUUCCAUUACGUGAUACAGGAUACUACGGUGGAGCAGAACACUCAUGGAGGUUUUCAGGUGGCCCUACCUUAUGUCUGGCAGUACAACGAGAAUUUUACCCACUCGAUCUAUUUUGGCAACAGCACCUGGCAAAGGAAUCGCGACUUCCGCAUUUCCGUUUCCGGUCACUACACGGUUUUCAACAUAACCUCCAAUGUCUUUAGGGAGAAUAAUUGCCCGGGAGCUCUGAUAUCUCUCGAUGGAAUGGAAAAGCGUCUGCGCUUCGACAACAAUCGCUUCGAGUCGAAUAAUGCCAAGUUUGUGAUGCUCUUCAAUGCCGAUUCCCUGAGUGAAAUUAUAGGUCAAGUACCAGCUAGCAUUGAAUAUAAUAGUUUUAAGGGUAACAGCAUUGUGACCAUGACGGCAAACUAUAGAAACCAUUAUAUGAAAGCUGCGCGGCGAAUUAAGAAGCAACACAAGGUACCCACCUCUGUGAUUCGAUUGGAUGGUGUCCAGAAUGUCAGAUUGUAUCGCAAUCUGAUUUCGGAGAAUGAAAUGGAUUAUAAUCUGGUGGCAGGCGUGAGAUCGGCCAGAUUGAACAACUACUUUGAGGCCAGGGAAAAUUGGUGGGGCACCAAGGAUACCGCCUUUAUAGAGGCCAAGAUCUUUGACUUUGACAACUGGAAUGAUCAUGCGGAUGUUAUAUAUCAACCCUUCCUCAUCGAAGACAGUUACGAUGCCAGUGUUUCGGUGGUGGUGCCGUUUAAUCAGGAUCAGGAGAUAGAUUUGGCCACAUAUAGAGGUGGUAGGGUGUACAAGGACCUGAUAUUGACGAAGCAGAGCACACCCUACUAUAUACACUCGGAUAUCACGGUGAUGCCUGGAAAAACUUUGACCAUAAACCAUGGAGUCACAAUGGAAUUUGAACCAAAUGUGGGAAUUCUAGUUUUGGGUACCCUAGUGGCCAUUGGUUACAAGGAAUCACCCAUCGUGAUGAGACCAUUUAGGAAUGCCACUCGGGAAUCUCUGACCGAUUCGCAGCCCAAGAAGCGAGCUCUGGAGGAUAUGAGUGCUCCCCUAACCGAAUUCGAUUCCAUAAGACUCUGCACCAGUGCGAAUAAUUGCACGGGCGAUGCCGAUGGAAUGUUUGGAUUGAACGAGGGAUUUCUGGAGUACUUCAAUCACACCACCCUUCAGUGGGUUCCCAUUUGUGAUAGCCGAUUCACCGAGCGAAAUGCCCAAGUUGUUUGUCGAGAACUCGGAUAUGAUCCUUUGAAUGUUUACUAUGGACAUGAUAGGAGGAUAGAGUUCCACACGAACUCAUUGACACGAAUUUGGUCAUGGGUUCAACCACUGGAGUGCCGAGGUGAUGAGGAGCGAAUGGAGGAUUGUGCCGAGCGGUUGAAUGGUCAACUCUAUGGACAUCGCCAUGAAUGCCGUUGGGAUGAUGUCUUUGUCUUUGUCAGCUGCAAUAGCAUGGCCGACGAUGAGGUUUAUUGGGGUGGCAUACGGUUUGCCAACUCCAAGUUCGAGGAAAUCCAAUAUGAACAUCGUUUGCACAACACACGAUCUCAUGCGAGGUUGCCAUUGAGGGAGAGUCAACUAGAGUUUGUUCGCAUUGAACAGGCUGGCAUUUUGCAUAAUCACAAGGCGGCUGCCAUUCAGGCGAUUCACAAGAACCCAUCCAUAACCUCGGUGAGCAUCGAGAACUCGGCUAAUCAUGGCAUCAAUAUGAUAGCCCCGAGUGGUAAAUUGAAUUUGAAUCACCUGAACAUCAACAAGACAUUGGGAACGGGAAUAAGCAUUGUAUCGCUAAGUGGCGAAGGUCGCGAUAGCGAUGAAUCUAGCUUUGCACCGCUGAAAAAACUGGAUCUGCCCUACAAACUCUUCUCGCUGGUGGACAUAUGCGAUCCCCAAAAGGUGCUGACCAUUGAGGAGCGUAUGCUGAUCUACUACAAGUACGAUAAUAAUCCCGUAAACUGUGUGAAGAUCUUCACCUCCGCCUUUCGAGCAAAGCCCAUAGGUUUCCGAUUGCUGCAAUCCAAUCUCUUUAAUCACUCCAAGCUAUAUGGCAGAACCGAUUUCAUAAGGCUUUUCGAUGGGGAUAUCUACAAUGUGACUGCCACCUAUUUGGGUAAAAUCGAAUCGGAUACGGAUAAUCAAAGGUCGUUCUUCAAGACGAAGGGACCGACGAUGAGUCUUCAGUUGGUGGCCAGUGGUGCUCCCGAAACCCAUGGUUUUAUAGCCGAGGUCGUGACUGUGCCCAUUUCCACUUUGGGUCAAUAUCGCGAUGCCUUGCACAAUAUCACAGAUACUCAUAUCUCAGGUGCGAUGAAAGGUGCAGUUACGUAUUCUUCUGCCGGUGAGGUCACGCCCACUUUGACCUUGAUAGGCAAUCGGAUAGAGAAGAAUUGCCGACAAUUGUAUGGCAACUUUUCCACCUGCACGUCGGCUUUGAAUUUGGAUGUGCAGAACAUGAACUCAUUGUACUUUAUGAACAACCUGAUCACAGAAAAUCAAGGAGGCCUAAGGAUCCGAGCUGAUUCUCGGGGUUCUGCAACCUCACUUCGCGGCUUCGUUCAUCACAAUCUCUUUAUGAGAAACCGCAAUCGUCCCGCUCUUUAUGUGGAAGGAAGACAAUCAUCGCCGUAUCAGGAAGUAGAGCUCUAUCGCAAUUACUUUGCCCAAAAUAUGGCUGGCUAUGAGGAUGUGAUACGAUUAUGUCAAGUGGUGUCCAACUUUAGCUAUAACUAUGUGCACAGCAAUGUGGGCGGAAGAAUUAUGGAGGUUUCUGGCUUCGAAAAGGUGCGACUGCAGAUCUAUCAGACCACGGCUCACAAUGGUUUCUAUAGGAAUUUUGCCACCAACUGGAUGACCAGGGCAACAAUUGUGGCCGGAACGGCGGGUCAGCAGUAUGUGGAUAAUAUUUUCGAGAACUACGAAAACGAUUAUGAGCUGCUAACCGUCAAUAAUUCCAUUUUGAGUUUUGACUAUGAAAACAGGACCUUUGAAACCUGGAGCUCUAAGAUCGAUGCUCGUCACAAUUAUUGGAGCUAUAAUAAUACAAUUUCGGUGCAGUCUCGUAUAAGAGAUAAAUCAGACGAUCCUAUGCUACUGGAGGUCCUGGCCGUGCCCUUCCAAAUGAACAACGAGACUAUUUUGGAUGGUAAAUGUCCUCCUGGUUGGGCCUUGGUCCACGAUACCUGCUUCAUCUAUGUGGGUGCUCCGAUGACUUUCCAUGAAGCUCGGGACUUCUGUCGCUCUGAGAACUCCACAAUGCCCUUUAUACGCACCGAUAAGACAACGCUGUGGAAGUAUUUGCAAAGCCAGAUGAGGCACUUGAAGUAUCCCGAUAAGGUUUGGAUUCAGGACUACAAUCACAUUGAGCGCUGUACUAGUUUUGUUUUUGGAGAAAUCGAACUGGAGGAUUGCGGCAAGGAGCGGGGUUUCAUAUGCGAAAUGGAUCCUAGGGUCAUUAUUGAUCCCUUAUCCUGGCGUGCGGACAUCUUUGCCAUCAGUAUUAUCUCAGCCUUUGUCCUCGCCAUUAUCCUGCUGAUCCUGGUGGCCUUCUGCUGGUUUGCCAAAUCAAAACACCGCCAUGUCCAGCGACUCCAGCGAAGGAACAGCAUUCGCCAGAGUUUGCGCAGCUUGAACAGCAUCGAUCCGCAGGGUUCCCUUCGCCGCAGACCCAAUUAUAACAUGUCCAGCAAUGGAACACUGUCGAAGAGUCAGGACUACAAGCAGAUGGUGGCGAAUGGCUCCAUAGAUUCCAUGGACAAAAGUGUUCUAAGUUCGGAGGCUGGCAGCUUUGAGGGCUAUGAACAGAAGCCGCAUUACAACGAGUAUGUGAAUCAGAAUUCCCUGAGACCAGUACAGGAUAAUCAGGGUCAGAAUCACAAGGUGGCCACCAUUUCCAAGGCGAGUGGCCAUCGAGCGAGAGCUGUUGCUGCCGCUUUGGAGCCCGACGCCUUUGAGCUGAGCUACCGGAACGAGGGAUUCCGUGAUAAUUCCACCUAUGGCGGUGGCACUCGGGCCAAUUCCGUUAGUACCAGUGUGGCCGAGGAUACGCCGAUCAUACAUCACACCGAUCAGGAGGUCGACGAGGGUGGCUCCGAUUAUUAUGGCAAUGCCAGUACCUUGCCACUGCGAACUGAGGGAGGAGGAGGCACUCCAAACGGAAGACGUGGCCAACCAGGCUUGGCCUUCCUCAGCGAACUCAAACAGAACCUGCCCGAAUACCAGAGAAGCUCGCACAGCAGCUUUAUGCCGCAGCGAAGUAGCGGUGACUCCCUGCCCUUCGAUCAAAAGCUGGACCAGUUCAACUACUCCACGGAGUCUUCACUGUACCGUCCAGCGCCUGCUGUGCCCAGUAGUCGGCAGGUUACUCCAGCGGACAUGCGACGUCCGGACUCUUAUUACACUGCCGUGCGGAGUAGUAAGGCUCCAGUUUCACACUACCGAACACCGAGGCCACUGGCCCAACCGCCGGCCGCACCACAUUUGGCGCCCCCGGGUGGACCGACGCACGGACGCCCCAAGACGGUCUAUCAGACGGGAUCCGAAGAGUCCUCGCCGACGACCCCCUCGCCGCUGACCAAUCCGUAUCAUCGCUCCAAGUCGGAGGCCCUGCUCGAGACAGAUUUCGAUGGGGAUGGUGGAACGGGGGGUCUGCAGCCCCUGCAAACAAACGGACGCAGUCACAGUCAGCCCCUGGAAACGGCCAUGUGAGGAAGAGUCGUCAUCCAUUUCAUACUCUAAUUUAACACUCACUCUUAGCCCUCUGCGAAUCUGACAAAAAACUAGAAGUAAUUCCAGUUAAAUUUUUAGAGUUAAAGAAAAUUCCUUAUGUUGUUCUUUGAGUUUAGAAAUCUUUUAUUAUAUCUUUGUCAGUUUCGCUUAGGGUUUCAACACCCACAGCUUCGUAGUUUUUAGUUUGCCUUUAAAGUAUACUUUUUAAAAUCGAGAUUACGAUUGAGAGAGACCAAGAGAGACGAACACGCCCGCCCGUUGUUUUUUUGUGUGGUAUACUUAGAUCAUUCCAUCCAUUAGCCUUAAGUCUACGAUUAACUAUUGCCGAAACGAAUUAGUCCUAAGUUGUUGUAUAUAAACUGAAGAAUAAAACAAAAUUAAACAUGAGAAAUUAAAAA